UUGGUGGCGGUAAGGGGAGAAAGGGAGACUGCACUGCGCAGGCGCUGUCGGCUUUUCUCGCUCUUUUUUUAAUCCCCGCACCAAGCGCUCAACCUCAUUGGGGUGGAGGAGAAGGCGGCGGCUGCCGGGUCUGCGGCGGUAACAGUAGCGAAUAAUAGGCUAAUGGACUGCUGAAUUAUGAAGUAUUUCCGACCCAGUAGUAGAACAUCACUCUGCCACUCACUCCUUUAUCUCCUACUAGUUAUUUAAAUUGGACUUUUAAUAUCCUACCAGCUGCUCUUCAGACACACAUGGUGCAUUGUUACCAUUCCCCGGAUUGCAUCUUUGAAACACAGGCUCUUAGUAACCUUCAGCAAACAAAGAGGCGGCCUCCCUGGAAGGGUUACCAGGAGGGAGUCAUCCUGACUACCCUCUAGCUUUUGCUGGAUCUGGAUUUGAAUUCUACCAUGGAGCCUCGCAUGGAGUCUUGCCUGGCUCAGGUGUUGCAAAAGGAUGUGGGGAAACGACUGCAGGUCGGCCAAGAACUUAUAGACUACUUCUCAGAUAAACAGAAGUCUGCAGACCUUGAGCAUGACCAGACCAUGUUAGAUAAGCUUGUGGAUGGACUCGCUACCUCUUGGGUGAACUCUAGCAAUUAUAAGGUAGUUCUUCUGGGCAUGGACAUCCUAUCGGCUCUGGUGACCCGGCUACAGGAUCGUUUCAAGGCGCAGAUCGGCACAGUGCUGCCCAGCCUCAUAGACAGACUGGGAGAUUCUAAGGACUCUGUGAGGGAGCAAGACCAGACUCUGCUGCUAAAGAUCAUGGAUCAGGCUGCUAAUCCCCAGUAUGUGUGGGACAGAAUGCUCGGAGGCUUUAAACACAAGAAUUUCCGCACGAGAGAAGGCAUCUGUCUCUGCCUUAUUGCAACACUCAAUGCCUCUGGAGCACAUACACUAACACUAAACAAGAUCGUGCCACAUAUAUGUAGUUUACUUGGAGAUCCAAACAGCCAGGUGCGAGAUGCAGCAAUAAACAGCUUAGUGGAAAUUUACAGACAUGUAGGAGAACCUGUGAGGACAGAUCUCAGUAAAAAAGGAUUGCCACAGUCCCGGUUGAGUGUCAUUUUUACAAAAUUUGAUGAGGUCCAAAAAUCUGGAAAUAUGGUACAAUCUGCAAAUGAUAAAAAUUUUGAUGAUGAAGAUUCUGUGGAUGGUAAUAGACCUUCUUCUGCCAGUUCCACAUCAUCCAAGGCUCCAUCAAGCUCCCGGAGAAAGAUUGGGGUGACCACUCGUCGGCUUGGGUCAUCCACUCUUGGAUCCAAGUCUUCAGCUGCAAAAGAAGGUGCUGGUGCUGUUGAUGAAGAGGACUUUAUUAAAGCAUUUGACGACGUACCUGUAGUGCAGAUUUAUUCCAGCCGGGACCUUGAAGAAUCUAUAAACAAAAUUAGAGAAAUACUAUCUGAUGACAAGCAUGACUGGGAGCAGAGAGUAAAUGCUCUAAAAAAGAUUAGAUCUUUACUUUUGGCUGGUGCGGCUGAUUAUGAUAACUUCUUUCAACAUUUGCGUCUUUUGGAUGGAGCCUUUAAACUCUCUGCUAAGGAUCUUCGGUCUCAGGUGGUGAGGGAGACAUGUAUCACGUUGGGGCAUUUGUCAUCGGUUCUGGGGAAUAAGUUUGACCAUGGAGCUGAAGCCAUUAUGCCAACCAUCUUUAAUUUAAUCCCCAACAGUGCCAAAAUUAUGGCCACUUCUGGUGUUGUAGCUAUUAGGUUAAUCAUUCGGCACACACACAUCCCUAGGUUAAUACCUGUCAUAACAAGCAACUGUACCUCUAAGUCUGUUGCAGUUAGAAGGCGCUGUUUUGAAUUUUUAGAUUUGCUUUUACAAGAAUGGCAGACACAUUCACUGGAAAGACACAUAUCAGUAUUAGCAGAAACAAUAAAGAAGGGAAUACAUGACGCUGAUUCUGAAGCAAGGAUAGAAGCCAGAAAGUGUUACUGGGGCUUCCACAGUCACUUCAGCAGAGAGGCAGAGCACCUGUACCACACCCUGGAGUCCUCGUACCAGAAAGCCCUGCAGUCACACUUGAAGAACUCAGACAGCAUCGUGUCUCUGCCACAGUCUGACCGCUCAUCUUCUAGCUCUCAAGAAAGUCUCAAUCGGCCGUUCUCUUCCAAAAGAAGUCCUACUGGCAGUACCACCUCUAGAGCUUCUACAGUUAGCACCAAAUCUGUGUCGACGACUGGGUCCCUCCAGCGAUCACGAAGUGAUAUUGACGUGAACGCUGCAGCCAGUGCCAAAUCCAAAGUCUCCUCCACUUCAGGCACCAUGCCCUUCAGCUCUGCAGCAGCUCUCCCUCCAGGGUCUUACGCAUCUUUAGAAUCCAGACACAUGAGGGAAGACAUGGAGUACGUAGGCCUGGACUCAGGUCGGAUCCGCACAAGACGACAGAACUCUGGGAGUGCCACCAAUGUCGCCUCUACUCCUUCUGACAGUCGGGGCCGCAGUCGUGCUAAAGUUGUUUCUCAAUCUCAGCCUGGCAGCCGGUCAAGUUCCCCAGGAAAACUGUUGGGAAGUGGUUAUGGAGGUCUUGCUGGGGGUUCCUCGAGAGGCCCACCUGUGACACCAUCUUCAGAGAAACGAAGCAAGAUUCCCAGGAGUCAGGGAUGCAGCCGAGAAACAAGUCCAAACCGAAUUGGACCAGCACGGAGCAGCCGUAUCCCUCGACCCAGCAUGAGUCAGGGGUGCAGCCGCGAUACCAGCCGUGAGAGCAGCCGAGAUACAAGCCCUGCUCGGGGCUUCCCUCCACUUGACCGGUUUGGGCUGAGCCAGCCAGGAAGAAUACCUGGUUCUGUGAAUGCCAUGCGGGUUCUGAGCACCAGCACAGACCUGGAAGCAGCUGUGGCAGACGCUUUGCUGUUAGGAGACGCCAGGAGCAAGAAGAAGCCUGUGCGGAGGAGAUACGAGCCGUAUGGGAUGUAUUCUGAUGACGAUGCCAACAGUGAUGCCUCCAGCGUCUGCUCUGAGCGCUCCUAUGGCUCCAGGAAUGGUGGCAUUCCCCAUUAUCUGCGGCAGACUGAGGAUGUAGCGGAAGUUCUCAACCACUGUGCAAGUUCAAACUGGUCUGAAAGGAAAGAAGGGCUGCUGGGCCUACAGAACUUACUGAAAAGCCAAAGAACACUGAGUCGAGUAGAAUUGAAGAGAUUGUGUGAGAUUUUUACCCGAAUGUUUGCUGACCCUCAUAGCAAGAUUGCUGAUUCAGAAGCAGAAUGUGAGGAUAAAGAAGGAAAUUUGUUUCCAUCAGAAGGCUCUUGUCCAAGAGUGUUUAGUAUGUUUUUGGAGACACUUGUGGAUUUUAUAAUAAUUCAUAAGGAUGACUUGCAAGACUGGCUUUUUGUUCUUCUCACACAAUUACUUAAGAAAAUGGGAGCAGAUUUACUUGGUUCUGUGCAAGCGAAAGUUCAGAAGGCUCUAGAUGUCACAAGGGACUCGUUCCCAUUUGAUCAACAGUUUAACAUUUUGAUGAGAUUUAUUGUGGAUCAAACUCAAACUCCAAACCUGAAGGUCAAAGUUGCAAUUCUAAAAUACAUUGAGUCUUUGGCCAGACAGAUGGAUCCAACAGAUUUUGUAAACUCUAGUGAGACAAGGCUUGCUGUUUCUAGAAUCAUAACGUGGACAACAGAACCAAAGAGUUCAGACGUGAGAAAGGCAGCACAGAUUGUGCUCAUCUCUCUGUUUGAAUUGAACACUCCUGAAUUUACCAUGUUACUUGGUGCCUUGCCGAAAACAUUUCAGGACGGUGCCACCAAACUCCUGCAUAACCAUCUCAAGAACUCCAGUAACACCAGUGUGGGUUCUCCAAGCAAUACGAUUGGCCGGACGCCCUCUCGACAUCCCAGCAGCAGGACUAGCCCUCUGACCUCACCCACCAACUGUUCCCAUGGCGGGCUGUCUCCAAGCAUGCUGGACUAUGAUACAGAGAAUCUAAACUCUGAAGAAAUCUAUAGUUCUCUGCGUGGAGUUACUGAAGCCAUUGAAAAAUUUAGUUUCCGAAGUCAGGAGGAUCUGAAUGAGCCAAUUAAACGGGAUGGCAAAAAGGAUUUCGAUAUAGUCUCUCGGGAUGGAGGAGCUGCAUCCCCAGCCACUGAGGGCCGGGGCAGCAAUGAAGUGGAAGGGGGCAGGACCGCUCUGGACAACAAGACCUCUCUCCUCAACACCCAGCCCCCACGUGCCUUCCCAGGGCCACGAGCACGCGACUAUAACCCAUACCCCUACUCAGACACCAUCAACACCUACGACAAGACAGCCCUGAAAGAGGCCAUGUUUGAUGAUGAUGUGGAGCAGCUUCGGGACGUGCCUAUCGACCAUUCUGACCUGGUGGCGGACCUGCUGAAAGAGCUGUCCAACCACAACGAGCGGGUGGAGGAGCGGAAGGGUGCCCUGCUGGAGCUGCUCAAGAUCACGCGAGAGGACAGCCUAGGUGUCUGGGAGGAACACUUCAAGACCAUCCUGCUGCUGCUGUUGGAGACACUUGGGGACAAAGAUCAUUCUAUUCGAGCCCUGGCACUGAGAGUUCUGCGUGAAAUUCUGAGAAACCAGCCAGCAAGAUUCAAAAACUAUGCGGAGCUGACGAUCAUGAAGACGCUGGAAGCCCACAAAGACUCCCACAAGGAGGUGGUGCGAGCUGCUGAGGAGGCUGCGUCUACGCUGGCCAGUUCCAUCCACCCGGAGCAGUGCAUCAAAGUGCUCUGUCCCAUCAUCCAGACGGCCGACUACCCCAUCAACCUCGCCGCCAUCAAGAUGCAGACCAAAGUUGUGGAGAGGAUUGCCAAGGAUUCCUUGCUGCAGCUCCUCGCCGACAUCAUCCCUGGCUUGCUGCAGGGUUAUGACAACACCGAAAGCAGUGUGCGCAAGGCCAGCGUGUUUUGCUUAGUGGCAAUUUAUUCCGUAAUCGGAGAAGAUCUGAAACCUCACCUCGCACAGCUCACGGGGAGCAAGAUGAAGCUGCUAAACUUAUACAUAAAGCGGGCCCAGACCACCAACAGCAACAGCAGCUCCUCCUCCGACGUGUCCACACACAGCUAGUGGCAGCACCUGUGUCUGCGUACCACCUGCUAUCGGUGGUGCCCUGGAGACCCCCAUCAGCUGCCCUGUCAGUACGAGGAGGCCCGCGCAUAUUUAUUACAAUCAGUAUUUUGGUCCCUUCCAGCUUUUGUGUAGAAUCUUACUGGUAUUGAAUGUAACAGAAGCAAGGCCUAUAUCACCGUCUCCAUAGAACAGAAGGAAUGAGAAGCAAACAGAGCCAUAUUACGCAUCUCCUACCACCUCUGAGAUCACAAAACCACGUGGGAGGCGGGGCUAGUUCCCAGACCCACAGCUGUUGAGCAGUACUCGAUAGACAGUAGCAUUUUGUUUGUCAAUAACAUAUUUGGGGGUGGGGUCCCCUUUUGUCCCUCAUUCUUAGCUUGUAUUCUUAGGAGCAUGGCCUGUGUGGGGCCGAGCCCACCCUUUUCUGAGCCAACACUGAGAAAGGUCACGUGUCUGUAGGUUGUAUUUUGAGACCUAGUAAGCAUGGAGCUCAGAUCCCAGCAAGGAGAGGAGAGCCUGAAGCCAGCCGCCACGUCACCUGUCCUGUCAGGCAGGAGCCACUUGCUUGGGCCUUGGUGCAGCCAGGACUGCCCCAGUCUCCCCCCAGCCCUGAAGUCGCUGUUCAAAAAAAUCCUUUAAGUUGAAGUGAAACCACAAAAGCAAGGAGAAUUACAGCAGGUUAGGGAUGCCUGAAAAGGCCUUUCGUGGAGUGCAGAAGGUGUGAGGGAGGUUUCUUGUCCAUUUCCCUGCUGAGAUCUUGGGGAAGCCUAUUGCAGUGGGACUCUCCCAGGAGAGCACGUUGGUGGCUUAACACUGUUUGCCUGAGCUGUUCAUUUCUUAAAUGUGCUCAGUUCAUGUGGCAAAUAGCAAUUUCACCAUUCCACUUUUGACUUCCCCACUUUGGCAGGGGAUUAAGAGCCAGGAAAGGUCUAGCGAGACUAGGAAUCAGAAUCUUUCUUUGGCAGUAAAGAUUGAAGCUGUGCUUUGCUGCAUGCUAGGCCAGCUCUCUACCACUGAGCUGCACCCCAGCCCCAGUAAUGGAAUCAAUGCUUUGAAUUCUGUAAGCUUACGGAAAAAGUAAUCGUGACAAGAGGCAGAUUGUAGCCAACAGGAUUUGCAGUGUACUUUUGGAGGCUGUUCCCUCCCUGGGAAACCCCUGGGCUCCUGUUACGUUUUAACGUCCUAUGGGUCUGAUUGCUCCAAAGGAAGUAACUGUACAUCUGGAGUCUGACUACAUUAUGUUCUGAGGAAAAUUCCUAAGCCAAAUGGUAAUUCUCAACGCAAUCAUGAAGACUUCUUUUACUGCUGUUCUAUUUUAGAUCCUUUAAUUGAACAGAUCCUUCGGUAAGGAAAAAGCUGCUUUGGACAUUAAUUUCAGCAAGACACAGCAUUGGCAGAAGCCAAGCCACUAGGACUGAAAGUAGGACCUGGGGUGUCACCCCUGUGUUCCUCAGCCUGGUCACACCCCGCCCCCCCUUUCAGAAUCAGCAAGGACCUGUGAAGGGCAGGUACAAUUAUUUGGAAAUAAGCAUUAAAAAUGAAGGCCCGGAUACGGAUAGAUUAUCUUACACAUAGGAAGUGCUCCACCGCUGCUGUCUGGGGAAAUCCAGGGAUGCAUUGUAAGGGGUAAAUGUUACUGACUGACCUAGGCUCAAAACAUAGCCAGACCAGGCCUUACUUUCAGUGAUAAAUACUAUUUGUUUGUCUGUUUGUUUCUGUGUAUAUUCAUGGGAUUUCUUUUCACACACAAGUCCCAGAGCCCUGUGACCUCCUCUGUGGUAGAAAUGUGCCUCCCAGGCAGGAUAUUUAUGAAUCUCUUCUGCCUGGUGCAGUUAGAAAGACCGCUCUAGGGACCCUUUGGUUCCCAGAAGGUCACCACGGUUGCCAGAACAGCUGGAAGGCUCUUGAACACUGCUGGUACCCUCUCAGUACUCACAAAGGGCUACCGUGAAUGUCACUCGCCCCUCCCAUCUCCUGACUAGAGAGAUACAAUCACAAGUCUCUUGGCCUCAAUCUGCGAACUGCUGCCGGCCUCGCCGAGUAGACUUGCAUGCCGCCACCACCUCACUGCAGGGCGGCUGCGCCCCCACCGCCCUUGGCCGCGCCCGCCCCCGCUGCCUCCCUGCAGGGCUCCGUCCACAGGACACAACAGAGCACCAGGACUGCGUUUGCCUCCCCGUCUACUUGACUGUCCGGAGCCUCGACACCCCUGGGCCCCGGCGAGGGGCUGGCUCCUCCGACUUCCCACUUCCCUGAGCUGCCACCUCCCCGGGGGCUGGUCUUCAUGGCGCGGGCCCUGUAUACCGCGCGCCACCACCGCCUGCCUUUUCUAUGCUCACCACUAGCUUACCACACCCCGUGCAGGUAACACGAUGUCGUCUCAUACAUCGUUUUCUUACCCUACCACCCUUUAUUAUCAAGCAUAAUACCACACUUUAAAGGACAGCAUAUAAGAACUGUGUAGAACCCUACGAGGACUCUGCUAACAACGUUUGGAAAUAAAAAAAGAAAUGCUCUGAAAAAUAUCAGCCACCAAAAUAGUUCUGUUGGCACUGUCUUCACAGGCAUGGUCCCCACCCCCAGGCUGGGUGGGUUUUCUGUUUUGUUUUGUUGGGAGAUUUUUGGGGGGCUUUUUCAUGUUACAUCCAUAUCUGUAUUUAUAUCUUAUUUGUUUCACUCUCAAGUGUAUCAUGGAAAAUGUACAGAUUUUUUUGUUAAUAAUGUGCUAGGAUUUGCUAAAAAAGAAAACAAAACAAACAAAAAAAAACCCUUUUGAGUUUGCCCUAGAAUAAAUGAAACUUA